AUGGCACACAGUAUAGAAUCGAUUCGAUUCCGUUUUCAGGCAUGGAGAAGAAACAGCCUGUCUGAAACAACACCAUUGUUAUCAUCUACAUCACCGAAUUCUCCAGAGUUGGGUCAAUGGUCCACUUUCAAUAAGCAAAGAAUCAUCUUUCCAAAUAAUAAAAUGCUCCCCAAGGACUCAGAAAGGAUAAUGAGAAACUACUUGAGCAACAAAAUAAAAACUACAAAAUACACCAUCUUCAACUUUCUUCCAAAGAACUUUAUUGAACAGUGUAACAGAUUUGCCAAUAUUUAUUUCCUGUUGCUAGCCUUUCUGAACUGGAUCCCAUCGAUUGAAGUAUUCCAUAAAGAAAUAACCAUGUUGCCAAUAGUAAUUGUGAUGUCCGUCACUGCAAUUAAAGAUGGAUUUGAGGAUUUCAAGCGGUACCGAUUUGAUAAAAAGAUAAACCAAGCUAAGACACAAGUAUUUGAUUGGAAACAGCACCAGUAUAUUGAUAAAUACUGGAAAGAUGUUCAUGUAGGUGACUUUGUGCAAUUAUCAUGCAGUGAAAUUAUUCCAGCUGACAUGGUCCUAUUGCAUUCAUCAGAACAAAAUGGAAUCUGCUACAUUGAGACUUCUAACCUUGAUGGAGAAACAAAUCUCAAGCAAAGAUUUGUGGCCAAAGGAUUUUCAAAUCCCGGUUCUGGCUUUGAGCCAUUGAAAUUCAGCAACAAUAUAAUCUGUGAAAAUCCCAACAAUGAUAUCAAUAAAUUUAAAGGCUUUAUAGAUACAUCUAAUGAAAAGAUUGGUAUUGAUAAAGACAAUCUCUUGCUUCGAGGCUGCACCAUCCGAAGUACAUCUGUUACUGUGGGAAUAGUGGUAUAUGCAGGCCAUGAGACCAAAGCAAUGCUUAAUAAUAAUGGAGCUCGCUGCAAGCAUAGUAAGUUGGAGAGAAAAAUGAACACGGAUGUCAUAUAUUGUUUGAUUCUACUGCUGAUUAUGUGUGGCAUAGGAGCGAUAGGUCAGAGAAUUUGGGUUGGAACUUUCCCUUCAAUGUCUCCAUUUGAACUCCUGGACCAGAAUGGCAGCUUCAUUUCAUCUGUUAUAUCUUUUUUCCAUGCAUUUCUGACAAUGAUGAUACUAUUGCAGGUCUUAAUUCCCAUCUCUUUGUACGUUUCCAUUGAGCUAGUAAAGUUGGGUCAAAUAUUCUUCAUAUGCCAUGAUGCUGAUCUGUACGAUGAAAGGACAAAUACACACCUGGAGUGCCGAGCUUUGAAUAUCACUGAGGAUCUUGGUCAGAUACAAUAUAUUUUCUCUGAUAAGACUGGAACACUUACUGAAAACAAAAUGGCUUUUCGUCACUGUAGCAUUAUGGGUACAGAGUUUCAACAUAAUGAAGCCAAACAUUUAUCUACGCGCACACAGCCGGAUGUCCUGGAUAAGGAAGGACCACAGUUGGAGACCUUAGGCCCCAUCACCAGCCACCAGAACAGUGUGUCAGACUUGAGGCCGAAGAGUACAAGACUUGUGAAGCAAUCACACAAUAUCUGCUCCCAGCAGCAGUGUCCCACUGUUGAAAGUCAUAAGGAGUCGAUGAUGCCUGGUGGCAACAUCCCUACCCAGAAAGUAAAGUUAAAAAGCUCAAUUGAGAAAGAUAUCAGACCAGAUGAAGCUUUGCUGAGGAGAAUUCGAGAUGCAGUUGUCCAUAUGGAGACAUUAACUCAACUAAAAGCUGGCACUGAGUUGCGGAGUGCAUGCAUUGUCGAUUUCUUUCUAGCUUUGACAUUGUGUAACACGGUUAUGGUUUCCACAGCAACACGGCCAAGGCAACCAGUUCUAACUUCUUCAUCAUCAAAAUCUUCAACACUGUCCACGACAAAACAGCAGCAUCUACUUCAAAGCCUUAAGACAUCACAUGAAACUUCCAUUUCCGCGGCCAGUCAACUCAGCCCUGAUGUGCCAGGGAGUUUGUGCAAUACACCAUUGUUGUCUUCCAUAGUUAGUCCAACUUCUUCCUAUGGUGCUGAGAGUGCAACCUAUGACAUAGGUUCUGGAGAGGAUAGCACUGAUAAUUUGAGUGAAAAUUCUGAGGUAGAUGGUGACAUUGGAGGAGAAGAAGUGAAUAUAAUUGAUGAAAUUGAUAAAAAUAUUUUCUAUGAAGCUGAAAGCCCGGAUGAGGCGGCCCUUGUGUAUGCUGCUCGAGCCUAUGAUUUCACGUUACUAUCCCGGACUCCCGACCAAGUGACUCUAAAGCUUCCUCAAGGAAAUCUUCUGACAUUUGAACUAUUACAUACCCUGAAAUUUGAUUCAACACGUAAGAGAAUGUCUGUAAUAGUUAAGCAUCCCAUUACCAAAGAAAUUGUUGUGUACACAAAGGGAGCAGAUUCUGUUAUUAUGGAGCUAUUAGAGCAACCGGACAAAGAUAACAUUGAAGAGCAAAAGCAGCAAAGAAAUAUAAUUGAAAAAACACAAAAGCAUCUGGAUCAGUAUGCAAGUAAUGGUCUGAGGACACUUUGUAUUGCAAAGAAGGUCUUGACUGAUGGUGAAUAUGAAAAUUGGGCUAAUUUAAGGCAUGAAGCAGAGACCAGUAUUGACCAUAAGGAACCAUUGAUUAUGGAAACUGCACUACAAAUGGAAACAAAUUUAAAGUUAUUAGGUGCAACAGGAAUUGAAGAUCGUCUUCAGGAUGGUGUGCCAGAUACGAUCGAAGCCCUUCAGAAAGCUGGCAUAUUGACUUGGGUACUCACAGGAGAUAAACAAGAAACUGCAGUAUAUAUUGCCUAUGCUUGUAAGCUUAUGAAUCCAAAUGAUUUGAUCUUCACCCUAAAUUGUGAAAACCAGGAGACCUGUGAAUCUUGCUUGGAUGGCUUCUUAGAUGAAGUGCAAAAGUAUAAUGGAGUAAAUUGUACUACUUCCAAAUUAACUGUGAACUUUGCACCCAUGUCCUCAACAUGCAAACCUACAGCCAAACCGAGCUUUGGUUUGGUAAUUGAUGGGAAGACUUUGAAUAUGAUCUUCCAAGGAAACCUACAGAAAAGGUUUCUGGAUCUGGCAAAGUGUUGUCAAUCUGUGAUAUGCUGUCGUUCCACACCACGGCAGAAAAGCAUGGUAGUCGAGCUAGUUCGAGAUCAUCUGAAUGCCAUGACUUUAGCAAUAGGCGAUGGAGCCAAUGAUGUCAGUAUGAUCCAAGCUGCUAAUGUAGGCAUUGGGAUUACUGGUCAAGAAGGAAUGCAGGCUGUGAUGGCCAGUGAUUUUGCAAUAUCUCAUUUUAAAUAUCUUAAAAAACUGCUGUUGGUACAUGGUCACUGGUGUUACGCACGCUUGGCAAAUAUGAUCAUUUACUACUUUUACAAGAAUGUGGCCUAUGUGAAUCUACUGUUCUGGUACCAGUUCUUUUGCGGCUUUAGUGGAUCUUCAAUGAUUGACUAUUGGCUGAUGAUUUUCUUCAACCUUCUAUUCACCUCCCUUCCUCCAUUAACAUGCGGAAUACUGGACAAGGAGAUCUCUGCUGAAAUGCUUUUAGAGUUUCCUGAACUUUACAGAUACAGUCAGCAGUCAGGGGCCUACAAUAGCUGCACUUUCUGGAUCACUAUGCUGGAUGCAUUUUAUCAAAGUCUUGUCUGCUUUUUCAUUCCAUACUUUACUUACCGAGAUUCAAAUAUUGAUGUAUUUACAUUUGGCACGCCAAUGAACACAGCGUCCCUCUUCACAACUCUAGCACAUCUAGCAAUUGAAACCAAAACCUGGACCUUCCUACAUUGGGCUUCCAUGAUUGGGAGCAUUGUACUAUUCUUUACAAUUACACUUGUUUAUAGUACCUUCUGUGUGACCUGCAACAGUCCGUCAAAUCCUUAUUGGAUAAUGCAGCGUCAGAUGACUGAUCCACUCUUCUACCUCAUCUGUCUUACCACACCAAUCCUGGCUGUGUUACCAAGGUAUUUCAUUCGUAGUUUGCAAGGCACAUUAUCUGUAUCUUACCUUCUGAAAGUUCGCCAAAUGGACAAUUUGGACAAAGAGCAACAGGUCCAAGCCAUAAGGGAUUGGAAAGGUCUUAACAUCUCAGGGAAUGAGGUGCCAAAUUUUGCAGAGUUUACUGAUCAAUCAAGUGUGGAAAAUAUCAACAAACUUUGACCUAUAACAAAUAAUCCUGAUUCUUGGAUUGCAUCUCCCCCAGUGGGAAUAGUAGAAAUACAAAGGUCCAUCAAUCGUGUCUGAAGUUGUCCUCAGGACAUAUUAGGACACAAAAUGAAUCCCUUUGAGGACUGUAGUAAAUCUAUCCAAUUAGGAGCAGCUUCAGAAAUGAAUGGCCUUUAACUCAUUCAUUUCAAAUGCUAUAAACAAUUCCUUCCCAGAAGCCUUAAGGACAGUUUCACGUAGGAAGUAAACUUUAUGAUAAAUUGUACAGAAACAAAACUGCAGUGUGUUUGGAAUGAUCUAGAUCUUAGUCAGCUAUUCCUGUUUAGCAAUUUGAAAAGUUUGAUUUUGGAAUUUUGAGCGAGAACAUGGCUAAUGUGUCAUUUGUUUCUCAGACCUAGGAGAGACUACCUUUCCUAUCCUCUCAUGUAAAUGAGACAAUAUGAGCUGUAAUACCAAACCACCUCUUUGUAUUGAACUAUUAUAGUUUUAGAUUUUCACAAUAAUCCUUUUUUUAAAAAAAAUCAUAAAUUUGUAUGAACUUCCUAGCAACAAAUUGAACUGUUUGUAUUUAAUUACAAAUAACACAUUGAGUGUUUGGAUUUGUAUUUUAUCACAGUUUAACUAGAAUCAUUCAAUUUGUUAAUAUUUUAAAUGUGUAUAUUUA